AUUCGGUACCUGGAAACGUCAGACGUGGCAGAGGAGCUCGAACGGAGUCGGGAAUAUACAAUCUGUAGCAUUUUAAUGGACAUUUAAGCCGAUUCCACUUUCCUCCUCAUUUUCUUUUCUUUUUGCGGGUAGUUUUUUUCCGAUUAGGGGCGGAAAACGCAUUCAUGGGUGAUAAGAAGAGAAUAACCAGGCUAAAAAGACAAGCGAAACGUACUUAUGUUGAAGAAUUUUGGGACUGUAGUGUCUGCACCUUUAGGAACAACGCAGAAACCUUUAAAUGCGGCAUUUGCGAUGUGAGGAAAGGCACUUCCACAAGAAAACCCAGAAUAAACUCCCAGUUGGUUGCCCAGCAAGUGGCACAGCAAUAUGUCACACCACCACCAGCUAAAAAGGAGAAGAAGGAAAAAGACGAGAAACAAGACAAAGAAAAACAUGACCAAGAAAAGGAAAUUAACCCACGUGUUACAAAGAGCUCCAACCAGAAGACUCAACACAAGUCAGACGUUUUCAAAGAUCAUCAUAGUGAAUCAGAGAGUGUACAGUUUGAGAAUGCUUCAACAAAAGCGGAUGAAUCAAAUCACAUUUCCAGACCUAGGCUGAAAAAUGUGGACAGAAGUAGUGCACAACAAUUAGCAGUCACAGUGAGGAAUGUCACCGUUAUUAUCACUGACUAUAAAGAAAAGAUUUGUUCAUCAUCUACAUCAUCAUCUACUAUAACCGCUAGGGCUGAAUCAGAACACCAGAAUCAGAACAGUAAUGGGUUAGAGAACACAGUAAAGAGUUCAUCCUCUUCCCCAACCCUAAAGGGUGUGGUAUCAGCAGUAAAUGAUGACACUUCCUAAAAAUUUAAUAUGAAAUUACGAAAUAUAAAAAUCAGGGCAUGACAUUCAAAUUCUCCAACUGCCCAUGAUACUUGCACUCCCUGGAAAUUUAUCUUUGAACAUCACCACCUCUUACUAAUGUUAAUGACCUAUUUUACUAAUUGAAUUGGACAUUUGGGGGCUUAAGAAAUUUUGUACUCUACUUGUUAAUAUUUACAGACUUAUGUAUUCCAUUAUUUAUUAUUUUUAUAACAUUCAUUUAUAAUGGCAUUUCUUCUAAAUCCUUUUUAUAAAAUAUAUGCCUAAUUUUCUCUAAGAUUUUUGUGCGGAGUGGGACUGGAUGAUCUUAUUUAUUGAUUUCAAAAAUCCCAUCCUUUAUUCAGCAUAGUUCUUAUUCAUUUUUUUCUAGUUACCCUUGAAAUAUCAGUUUUGGUAGGAGUAAAUAUAUAAAUGGUAUAGAAGUGUUAUUUAUUUAAGACUAAUAUGUAGCAAUUUUGGGAUUUGGAUCUGUAAGAAACAGAAACAAAAUUAGGUCAGUUUGUAUAGGUAGAGAAAACAAUGAAACUAAAUUGAAACUAAAUUUCUGUGCAACAAACUGAAUCAGUUUUACCUGAUACGUUUUCCAAACUACAUGGGAAUUUGAUUUUCUUACUUGUAUAAAGGUUCUGGAAUGUCUGUGCACAUAUUCAUAAAAUCACGCAAAUGCUUCUUUCUCCCAUCCAGACCAAGUUCAGGAGCUAUUUCAUUACAACUCAUCGCUAACCCAGAACUUGGUGACUCCAGAAAGAACACAUUAUUUGCUCCUAAAGUAACCCCUGUACUCACAUACACACGAUUAUAUGUAUAAACUCAGCAUUAUACUAGACUAAUUUUUCUCAUUCAACCCUCAUAUUCAGUCCAUCUUAGCCCUUUUUUUUUUUAGGUGGUGUAUGUUAAGUGCUUAAUAUGUGCCAGGGACUGUAUUCAGCUACCUUGUAGCCUAGCUCUUGCCCAUAUCCUCCUUCUGGCCUGAAACUCCCACCUCCUUCAUAUGUGGCAAUCCACCAUUCUCCUUAACUUUAGAGUCUUAUUAACAUUACAUCUCAUUCAAGCGGCCUGUCCCAAUUAAGUCCUCAUUUCCCGCACUCCCUCUCCUUUCUGUGUCAUCUGUGCACUUGGUUUAUAGCCUUUAAGCUGUUUAUAUUCACCUAUUCUCAGCCCCACAGCACUAAUAUACAUCUCCAUAAUCUAUAUGCAUGUCUUUCUCCCCCUCUAGACUAAAUUCCUUGUGGGCAGGGAAUGAAUCUGCCAACUCUAUUAUGUUGUACUCUCCCAAGCACUUGGUAACUGCUCUGACCAUUUAAGAACUCAUUAAAUACCUUUGAUUGAUUGACUGAUUGAUGUAAUCUAAGACUACAAAUCUGAUUCAGGUGUCUUGCACCCAUUUUGGAGUACUUCAAGUCAAUUCAAUUUUUGUGCCUCAAGUACCUCAUUUGUAAAAUGGGAAUUAAGAAUGUGAGCCCCUUGUGGAAUGUGGAUUGGGUCCAACCUGAUUACCUUGUAUAUACUCUGUUGCUUAGAGUAGUGCCUGUUACGUAGAAAGCACUUAAAUACCGUAAAAAAUUAUCUGGCCCCAGGAAAGCUCAGCCAUUGAAAUUAAACUUAAAUGACUGAAAUAUCACUAUAAAUACAAAUUAUUUUUCACAUAAAUAUUGCUAAAUUGCAUAGUAGUAUUGUAUUUUAUAACUGUAAGUUCAGUUAACUUUCUGAGUCUGUGUUCAUGACUACAGAAAUUAUUAAAAUUUAUAUGUAUUUGUUAAGAUUCACACAGAAGAAAAUUGUAAACUGCAAUUAUGAGGCUGGAAGAUUUUAAUCUAAUAAAGCCCUUUCUUUUUUAGGCAUGACAUUACAGAAUCCUUUUAUGAACAUAUUUGUUUUCUUUCUGGUACGGGAUUAUUUUGCCACUUUGUGUUUUGAAAGCACAAAUUAAAUAUUGUGCAGGUGAUUUUUCACAUCAAUUACAUUCCUGCUAAGGAAACAAAAGUUUACAUAACUUUUCCUAUGUCAUGUUAAUGCCUUGUCUAUAUGCUGUACACAGGUAUUAAGUAAUUACUGGUUUUACUAAAAAUUUUUCUUGCUGGUAGCCAGGAGUAGGUGAUGGCCAGAAAAAAAAAAUUUGAAUAAAUAGAAAAUCCUUAAAGAAAACUCCAAUCCCAAAUGCUAAAAAUUGUUUUGUUGUUUCUCUCGUGUUUGCUAAUGGCCUGGGAUAUCAUUAUUACAAAUUGUUUUCUGAUACAUUUGUUUGUGUAGCUUUUAGGAAUCCCAAGGUUUUUGUUAUUCAGCAUUUUCAAGAGCAUUUGAGGUUUUUUCAAAAGAGAACAGUAGGGCUAAGUUCAGAAAUAUUGAAUAGCCAUCAAACAAGUUUACUUUGACAUCAGCAUUAAAAAAAAAUUCUCUAAGCUUGCAAAAACUACUUUCUGCUCUUAAAGUUUUCAUUGUGUAAUAUUGACUGUCGUUAUCUUGUGUUAUUAAAUGGAAAAAACAAUAAUUUAUCUGGCAAAAUGCUAGUUUUUUUGAUUUGUUAAUAGUACAAGCUAUUAUCCUAUUAAUGCAUUUAAAGUAUUUCUUACAAAUUUAAAUAAAUUAAAUGUUGCCUGUCAGGGUCAUAAAAUAUA